AAUGCCAUUUGUCCAUUCUAAAGAUAGCUGCUCUACUUUAGAUUCUGUUUCAUAAACAGCCAAUAUCACUAACUCAUCACCUCGGGAUCCUGGAUUUUCUCUUCUUUUUAGGGUUCAUCAAAGAUUUUCUAAUUGCAGAAAAAUUUGGUCCAUUAUUGGCUUAUUAUUAGUUGCCUGUACCAUUUAACUAAAAUAAGCUAUCCUUUCAGCACAAAACAAUCUGCUCUUGGUUUUCUUCAACCUUCGGAUUCCUGUUCCUCAGCAAGUUUCAGAGAUGAAUCUUGGUCGUUACAAAAAAUUGUUUCCUUCAUCAGAAAAGAUUGAUAAUCCAUUGGGAUGUGAGGAUGGGAAUGAAGUUGGUCCAAAGGAAAGAAAGGGGCAUAUGCUAUGGAAGAAAGUGAAACAUCAACUAGUUGACUACCAUUCAUUGCCAGGAUAUUUAAAGGACAAUGAGUUUAUCCGUGGCUACUACCGGGUAGAAUGGCCAUUGAAGCAAGUUCUCCUGAGUAUCUUCAAGAUUCAUAAUGAGACUCUUAAUUUCUGGACGCAUUUGAUCGGGUUCUUUCUAUUUCUCUUUCUGACCGUAUAUACAUCAAUGCAAGUUCCAGAUGUCGCAGAUAUUAGUUCUCUGCAACGUUUGCCUGACAUGCUCCAAAAAGCUGAUUUCCACAAUAUUCAUUUAGACCUCUUGAAUUGUCUCCCUUCCUUACCUAACAUGCCAGAUCUUCACAAUUUCAAAGUGGAUUUAAAGUCAUAUUUGCUUCCAAUGGAAUUCCUGUCAUCACUUUCAGAAAAUUUUCUGGAACUUCUCAUCAAUUGCUUGCCUGAGCGAUAUGCUAGAAUGUAUCAUGAGGCCAAUGACAAUGCUUUGCAAAGCCUUACAAACGAUUUCUCGAACAUGACAACUCCACCAACUUUUCAUCCUGUCACAAGAUGGCCAUUCUUCGCCUUCAUGGGCGGGGCAAUGUUCUGCUUGCUGGCAAGCAGUACAUGCCAUCUCCUUUCUUGCCAUUCGGAGCGAAUGUCUUACAUUGUGCAUAGAGUAGACUAUGCAGGAAUUGCUGCUCUCAUAGCGACCUCCUUUUACCCUCCUGUUUACUACUCCUUUCUGUGCAACCCCUUUUUCUGCAACAUUUAUCUCGGAUUCAUAACAGUAUUAGGCAUUUCCACCAUCAUAUUCUCUAUCCUCCCAACGUUCCAGAAGCCGGAAUUUAGGGGAUUCCGCGCUGGUCUCUUCUUCGGGAUGGGCCUGUCAGGUAUAGCGCCUAUUCUUCAUAAGCUAAUACUUUACAGGAAUCAACCUGAAGCCCUCCAAACCACGAGUUAUGAGAUUUUGAUGGGGAUCUUAUAUGGGCUUGGAGCAUUGAUUUAUGCUACAAGGAUUCCUGAGAGAUGGAAGCCAGGUAUGUUUGACAUUGCUGGGCAGAGUCAUCAGCUUUUCCACGUGUUGGUAGUAGCAGGUGCCUAUACACACUACCGAGCUGGGCUAGUUUAUCUAAGAUGGCGGGACUUGCAAGGUUGCUAGAGUUCCAGAAUUCUAACAGAUGCAUUGCGUUCUUGAAAAAUGCAGAGGGUUUUGUUUUAGUAGCUGAGUGUUUUCAGGUUGCAGAUAGUUUAAUUUUAUAACGAGGCACUUCUUUGUACUUUAGUUGAAAAAGUCAAAAGUCAAAAAGAAUAACAAUGCUUUCAUUGAGAGUCGAACUCAAGACCUCCCGCUUA